UACCACCAGAUGGCGGUUUAGGCUUGCUGCUCUUCUCUCCCAGGCGCGGCUACGCUCUCACGGCCAAAUUUGGUCCCAAUAUAAAAAAAAACACAGGCAAAUAAUUUAUCAAAAAAAAAAGGAAUCGAUUCGUCGCUUCGGGAGGCGACGCCGGAGCCGGGGGAUGGUGUCGGAAGGGACAGAAGAAAGUUAAGAGCCAGAGUGCCGUCAGUCGUGGAGCCUUCCUGCCCCUCCAGCUCUCCCUCCCCCCCACAUCCACGCCUCACACCUGAUACCUAGAAGGUGCACAUUUGGACACGUCAUCGCCUCGCUGCCAGGAUGAUCACCUCAGAGCUUCCUGUUCUCCAGGACUCGUCCAAUGAGUCGGGGGCAACAGAGGCGGUGAGUCUGAGCAUGAGCAUGGCGGACAUGGAGGACCCUGAGGUGAAAGGCAAGAAGAAGAGAGGGAGGCCCGGCAAACAAGCUGGGGCCGCCAAUAAGAAGCCCAGGAAGACGCCCGCAGAGAAGGGUAUGGGCGGGGGCCGAGGGCGAGGCAAAGCCAACGGCAUAGCCCAGUACAAUGGCGAGGGCAUGGACCCCAUCACCCUCUUUGAAGUCGUCAAGCUGGGCAAGAGCGCCAUGCAGUCUGUGGUGGACGAGUGGAUCGAGUCAUACAAGCAGGACCGAGACCUGGCCCUGUUGGACCUCAUCAACUUCUUCAUCCAGUGUGCCGGCUGCAAGGGCACGGUCAGGAUCGAGAUGUUCCGGAACAUGCAGAAUGCCGAGAUCAUUCGCAAGAUGACCGAGGAGUUUGACGAGGACAGCGGUGAUUACCCCCUCACCAUGCCGGGGCCCCUGUGGAAAAAGUUCCGCUACAACUUCUGCGAGUUCAUCUGCGUGCUCAUCCGCCAGUGCCAGUACAGCAUCAUCUACGACGAGUACAUGAUGGACACCGUCAUCUCCCUCCUCACCGGACUGUCCGACUCACAGGUCCGAGCCUUCAGACACACCUCCACGCUCGCUGCGAUGAAGCUCAUGACGGCGCUGGUGAACGUGGCCCUCAACCUGAGCAUCCACCAGGACAACACGCAGCGGCAGUACGAGGCGGAGAGGAACAAGAUGGCCGGCAAGCGUGCCAACGAGAAGCUGGAGCUGCUGCUGCAGAAGAGGAAGGAGCUUCAAGAAAACCAGGAUGAGAUUGAGAACAUGAUGAACUCCAUCUUUAAAGGCAUCUUUGUGCAUCGCUACAGAGAUGCCAUCGCCGAGAUCCGGGCCAUCUGCAUCGAGGAGAUCGGCGUAUGGAUGAAGAUGUACAGCGACGCCUUCUUAAACGACAGCUACCUGAAGUACGUCGGCUGGACGCUACACGACCGGCAAGGCGAGGUGCGUCUCAAGUGCCUGAAAGCGCUGCAGAACCUCUACACCAACCGCGACUUGUUCCCCAAGCUGGAGCUUUUUACCAACCGCUUCAAGGACCGUAUUGUCUCCAUGACGCUGGACAAGGAGUAUGAUGUGGCUGUAGAGGCCAUCCGGCUAGUCACUCUCAUCCUACAGGGCAGUGAGGACGCUCUGUCCAAUGAGGACUGUGAGAACGUGUACCACCUGGUCUACUCCGCCCACAGGCCUGUGGCUGUGGCCGCUGGCGAGUUCCUGCACAGAAAGCUGUUCAGUCGUCAUGACCCUCAGGCGGAGGAGGCCCUGGCCAAGCGGCGAGGGAGGAGCAGCCCCAAUGGGAACCUCAUCCGCAUGCUGGUGCUCUUCUUCCUGGAGAGUGAGCUUCACGAGCACGCAGCCUACUUGGUGGACUCCCUGUGGGAAAGUUCUCAGGAGCUGCUGAAGGACUGGGAGUGUAUGACGGAGCUGCUGCUGGAGGAGCCCGUGCAGGGAGAAGAGUUGCUUUCAGACCGCCAGGAGAGCGCCCUGAUAGAGCUGAUGGUGUGCACCAUCCGCCAGGCGGCCGAGGCACACCCUCCUGUCGGCAGAGGCACCGGCAAGCGGGUACUUACGGCCAAGGAGAGGAAGACCCAGAUAGACGACAAGAACAAACUGACAGAGCACUUCAUCAUGGCUCUGCCCAUGCUGUUGUCCAAGUACCAAGCGGACUCGGAGAAGGUGGCCAACCUCCUGCAGAUCCCGCAGUUCUUCGACCUGGACGUGUACAGCGCCGGGCGCAUGGAGAAGCACCUGGACGCGCUGCUGAAGCAGAUCCGUCACGUGGUGGAGAAGCACAUCGAGAUGGACGUGCUGGAGGCCUGCAGCAAGACCUACAGCAUCCUCUGCUCGGAGGAGUACACCAUCAUGAACCGCGUGGACAUCUCCCGCUCGCAGCUCAUCGACGAGAUGACCGACCGCUUCGCACACUCCGUGGAGGAAUUGCUGCAGGAGGCUGAGGAGGCAGACGACGACGAUAUCUACAACGUCUUAUCCACCCUCAAGAGACUCACAGCCUUCCACAACGCUCACGACUUGACGCGCUGGGAUCUGUUCGGCAACUGCUACCGGCUGCUGAAGGCGGGCAUCGAGCUGGGCUCCAUGCCCGAGCAGAUCGCCGUGCAGGCGCUGCAGUGCUCCCACUACUCCAUCCUCUGGCAGCUGGUCAAGAUCACAGAGGGCGCUCCCAGCAAGGACGACCUGUUGGCCCUCAGGAGAGUAGUGAAGUCUUUCCUGGCCGUGUGCCAGCAGUGCCUGUCCAACGUCAACACGCCUGUCAAAGAGCAGGCCUUCAUGCUUCUUUGCGACCUGCUGAUGAUCUUCAGUCACCAGCUGAUCUCCGGCGGCCGAGAGGGCCUGGAGCCGCUGGUCUUCAACCCGGACGGCGCUCUGCAAAACGAGCUGCUCAAUUUUGUCCUGGACCACGUCUUCAUCGACCAGGACGACGAAAACCAGAGCAUGGAGGGCGACGAGGAGGACGAGGCCAACAAGAUCGAGGCCCUGCACAAGAGGAGGAACCUGCUGGCGGCUUUUUGCAAACUCAUCAUCUACGACAUAGUUGACAUGCCCGCUGCAGCAGACAUCUUCAAACACUACAUGAAGUAUUAUAACGACUACGGCGACAUCAUCAAAGAGACUCUGAGUAAGACCCGACAGACGGACAAGAUCCUCUGCGCCAAGACUCUCAUCCUGAGUCUGCAACAGCUCUUCAACGAGCUGCUGCAGGAUCAGGGCCCCACCCUGGACCGCACCUCGUCGCACGUCAGCGGCAUCAAGGAGCUGGCGCGCCGCUUCGCCCUCACCUUUGGCCUGGAUCAGAUCAAGACCAGAGAGGCGGUGGCCACGCUGCACAAAGAUGGCAUCGAGUUUGCCUUUAAGUACCAGAAUCCUCGAGGACCAGAGUUUCCUCCCCUAAACUUGGCCUUCCUGGAGGUCUUGAGCGAGUUCUCCUCCAAACUAAUCCGCCAAGACAAGAAGACAGUGCACUCGUACUUGGAGAAGUUCAUGGUGGAGUCCAUGUCGGAGCGGCGGGAAGACGUGUGGCUGCCACUCAUCUCCUACAGGAACAGCCUGCAGACGGGCGGGGACGAGGACCACAUGUCUGUCACCUCAGGCUCCAGCAGCAAGACGGGCUCUCUGCGCAGCAAGAAGGGACGACCGCCGCUUCACAAGAAACGCAUCGAGGAGGAGAGCAGUGUGGAGGGCUCCUGGCUGAUGCGCAACGACACCUUACAAACACCGGGGGCGCUGCAAACUCCUCAACUCACCUCCACGGUCCUGCGAGAGAACCGGCCGGCGGAACACAUGCCAGAAGGCGAUUCGGAACCCGGGUCGGAAAACGACUUUGUGCACAACCCACAGAUGCAGAUGUCAUGGCUGGGCCAGCAGAAGAUGGAGGACGUGAGCAGGAAGGAGCGCACAGCCAUGAACUACAUCAAGUCUCGCAGCAACCAGGGUGUGAGGCAGACUGUGCGAGGUCUGAUGGAGGACGAUGCUGAGCCCAUCUUUGAGGAUGUCAUGAUGUCAUCACGGGGCCAGCUGGAGGACAUGAACGAGGAGUUUGAAGACACCAUGGUCAUCGACCUGCCGCCAUCGCGGAACAGACGCGAGAGAGCCGAACUGAGACCCGACUUCUUUGAUUCUGCAGCCAUGAUUGAGGACGAGUCGGGUUUCAGCAUGCCCAUGUUCUGAUGUGGACGCCUGCAAGUGAAAGUGAAAGUAAACAAUCUGGAUUCUAAUCAGGAGUAAACAGAAGAAGAGGAAGAGGAAGAGGAAGAGGAAGAAGAAGCUUCUCUCUUCCCGAGAAGACAGUCAGGAGCUUCACGAGGCUCCUCGCCAUGUUGGGCGCCAGGUUUGAAAAAAAGUGUUCCACAGGUGUUCCACAGGUGUUGUCUCGUUAUACACACUCUGUACAGCCCCGCCCACUUCUUCUGCCGUCAGCUCAAAACUUUUUGAGGGGCGAUCAGUUCCUGGGCCUGGUGAGCGAGGCCAAAGGUCAACAGAGAGGACGAUAUAGCAGUUUUUUAAAUAUUCUUUUCCAAGAGACAUUUUGAUCCUUAGCUUUAGUAUUAAACUUUCAUUUUCUUUGUACAGUUUUUCUUCUUGAAUGUUUUUUUUCUCGUUUGUUGCCAAAUGGUGGCCUACAUCCUUUUUUCUUCUUCUUUUGCACUGUCACUAUUUGCAGCUUCUUCUCGCCAGUGUGUGUGUGUGUGUGUGUGUGUGUGUGUGUGUGUGUGUGUCACUGCGUCACUGACGACGUAUUGUUUGAAUGUCACCUUUACUUUAGCUCCUGUAAAUAUUCACACACUCGCAUCGUUUGUGCACAGCCUGUUUUCUUUCCCUGGUGUCAACCUUCUAUUGUUUUUACAGGAAAUAAAAUCUGUAAUCAUGA